AUGAUGACCAGACACCGGGCGGAGAAACAGAAACAGGAACAGUGGACGACCAUGUCGACUUCUGCUUGCUGGAAACACCUGUUUGCCAUUACUCGCAAGCAGAGCGAGGAUCACCAGGCAAUUGCUGAAAUCUACAGCAAUCACAUGGUCAGCAGGCUGGCAGAGAUCGUGGACAAUUCACAGAGAAUCUUCCGCAAGUGCCGAGAUAUUGGAGCUGAGUCUCAUGAGGACAUGAUGAAAGUUUUGAAUGAGCUACAAAGUGCCAUGAAAACCUAUCAUAUCUACCAAAACGAAAGCAAGCAAGCUGAGUUGAAACUGAAAAAUGUUGAAUCUCAAAAACAGAAAGUUGAACAACAACUUUCUGGCAAGAAUACUACUAGUCGCAAGCUGAAAGGACUAGAGCGACAGGCAGAGAAGAAACAACAAAAGUACGCAGACAACAAACUCAAAGCACUGAAAGCUCGCAAUGACUAUCUGCUGUGUAUAGAUGCAGCUAAUGCUGCCAUCAACAAAUAUUUUUCUGAUGAUAUUUCUGAUCUAAUGGAUUGCAUGGACUUUGGCUAUCACCAUUCUGUGGGACGGACCAUGAUGAUGCAGCUGGGCAUUCAUGAACAUCUGAAGAUGGCACAUGCCAAAGCUAUAGAGUCACUGAACAAAUGUAUCACAGAUCUGGACUCCCGGGCAGACAAGCAGAAGUUUAUGGAGUUGAACAACAUUUACUUCAUGCUGCCUAAGAAGUUUGAGUUCCAGUCUUUCAAGGGAGAUGAGGUCUGCCAAAUUAGUGCUCAGAAGGAGGUCCAGGAAGAUUUGAUUCAGAGGCACACCACGAUAGAGGACCGGCUGAACAGUCUCAGAGUGGAGAACGAUGAGAUUUGGAAAACCUUGGAGAUGACAGAAAAAACAUUGGUGGAAACAAUCCAAGUCAAAGAUUAUGAUGUGACAAAGUUCUUUACGGUUGAGACUUUGAUCCCAAAAUCACCCCAUGAGCACACCAAAUAUAAGACUGAUCGCUUGGAGACUGAAUCUUUCUACUUAGAAAAAUUCCGUGAGUACACACUCAGCUGUAACAGACUUGCCAGGUUGCAAGCUAAACAUGCAGCCAUACAGAAAGCACUUGGAGAAAAACAAAAUGCUGUUUUCAGCAGACCACCAGUGCCACCUCCCAAACCAAAGAAGAGAAGAAUUGGUCACCAUCCUCGGGUUGGGCAGCCAAAACUGUUUAGUGGAAGCCUGGAGGAAUAUAUAGAAGCAACAGGUCAAGAAAUCCCACUUAUUAUAAAGAGCUGUAUAAGAGUAAUAAAUCUCUAUGGGCUUCAUCAUCAGGGUGUGUUCCGAGUAUCUGGUGCCCAAGUUGAAAUCAACCAGUUUAAGAAUAUAUUUGAAUCUGGAGAAGAUGCCUUGGCCGAUGUUGUUGAUGCCAGUGAUAUCAAUUCAGUCGCAGGGGUCCUCAAAUUGUACUUCAGGGAGUUGAGGGAGCCUUUGUUUCCUCUGCAUCUUUUUGAUGCCCUAGUGGAAUGUACAAGAGAGAAAGAAAUGUCCAAGAGAGUUGAGAGAAUCAAGGAUUUAUUGUCGGGGGUCAACCGGCCAACCUGGGUUGUCAUGAGAUAUUUAUUUGCCUUUUUGAACCACUUAACAGAAUACAGUGAUGAGAACAUGAUGGAUCCGUACAACCUGGCAAUCUGCUUUGGACCAACCCUGCUGCCGAUCCCCCCAGACCGAGACCAGGUGACAUUUCAGUCAAGUGUCAAUGAAAUUAUUAAGAUCAUCAUCGUCCACCAGGAGGAAAUUUUCCCCAAUGAUGGAGGGGAGAUCUAUGAGAAGAUGCUUCUUGACCGGAGAGACAGUGUGGAUGCCAUAGAUGAGGAUGAUGAAGAAACCAGCUCAAUACCAAGUGAUGAAGAAG